GGUCAACUUCACCUAAACUUGACCAGAAACGCGCUAUCUUCUCUGGAAGAAUUGAUAAUAUUUCAUCACAUGUGCGACAAAAAACUCGGAACCCGUAGUUAUAGCGAACUCGCUCGUGUUGUGAUCAAUUUACUAGAAACAGUCAAUAGCGCGCCUCGGUUGUGAAUAGACGCCUGUUUUUCGCCAAACGCCACUCGAUAUAUUAUAUUUAAAUCUGGUUGCGACAAAAGAAGCAGUCAUGGUGUUCAAUAAAGAUGAAAUGCAUGCACCAGCCUGGAUGAACAGCGCGUUUUUCGAAAAAGUGCUUAAGCAAUCAGAGAACAACAACGGGCUAAGCGUAACUGAGUGCCAAAUAGUCCCUGGCACGCGACCAGGAGAUCAUUUUGCCAGUAUUAUUUUUCGUGCUAUUGUAAAAUAUCAAAGCCGUGGAGCAGAUCAUGAAGUUUCGUUAAUAGUUAAAACGGUUCCCGACGCGAAUGGUUUGAAACGGGACAUACUCAAAGAUGGAGUCUUGUUCGAUACGGAGAUCGUCAUGUACAACACCGUAAUGCCAGAAAUGCAUCGCUUACUUCGGUCGGUAGGAGAUGACACGGAACUAGGACCAAGAUUGUUGUGUUUCGCAAAAGAGCCAAACAUUGUGAUGGUUUUCGAAGAUAUUUCUAAACGAGGAUACAGCAUGAAAGAUAAGCUUCUGAGUCUGAGUGAAGCAAAGAUAGCCUACAAAAAAAUGGCAAGAUGGCAUGCAGCAUCGGUGCACCUAGCUAACACGGUCCCAGUGAUAAAAACAUUAGAUAAAGGAUUAGCUUCCAUUACUAAUGACGAAUUCGAAACAAUCUGGGACAGUAAUAUUGGAUUACUGGCCAACGUUUGCAAGGAAUGGCCAGGAUACGAACAUUUCAGUGAAAAGGUUGAAAACCUUAAGAAGAAAAUUCACAAAAAGGUCAAUCACAUCUACCAGUUGAAAGAAUCCAACAUCUACAAUGUGUUAAACCAUGGAGAUUUCCACUACAAAAAUAUGAUGUAUAAGGUCGAAAACGAAACCACUAAGGAUAUACUACUGCUCGAUUACCAAAUCAGUGUGUGGGGAUCUCCGGCUAUCGACAUAAUCUAUUCUCUCUAUAACUUGUGUUCAACAGAAACCAGAGACAACCAUCGCGGCGAACUAAUCAAAUUUUACUACGACGAAUUCGUAGCAUCGCUGAAUAAAUUCGGACAUCUCGGAAAAAUUCCAACUUUACUUGACCUUAACGUUGAAAUUCUUAAAUGUGGUCAUUUGGAAAUAUUCUUGGCAUCCGCAUUCCUACCAUUCAUGCUUGUAACGUUCGAAGAAAUGAUGGAAGAGCACUCGAAAAACAACGACCCUGAAGAAGGCUUCGAGUUGUUUGAUAUGAACAAUAUGGAAAAAAUGCAAGAAAUGCUUCAGGCUGGGUAUCGGAAACCUGGUUAUGCGGCUGUUAUGCAGAAAUCUUUGCCUGUUUUUCUUACCAAAGGUUUCCUGGAUGUUUGAAAGGACAACGGGUUCGCUUAAUCCAAACAAUAUCACGAGUAUCAAGCUACUUUCAGCUAGUUGAUAUGUUGUUGCAUUCCAAUUCUAAAGUAAUUCGAAAAUAAUAAAUUGUAAUUUCACGGUUGAACCGAUGAACUUCCACUCUUAUAUCAC